UUGAAUUAACAUUAUCAAAUUUUUAGUAGGGACAAGUGGACGAAUUUUGUCAUCUAGACGAUAUUCCCAAAAAAGUACAAAACAGAAAGGCAACAGAUAACAAGCAGACGGAACAGGGAACCUACUAUUUCGUAUUCUAGGAGCUACGGGACGUCGAGACGUCCUAAUUUACACAAAGUCUGAACCAUAUUAUUUCAAUACCCCUUUUAGCAAUCUAACCUGAAUCACCUUUUUGACAUAAACGAAACUAUAGCAACAUAGAUUAUCACAAAUUCUGCCAAACUUCAUUCAAAAUUCAAGUCAUGUUAUCACUUCUUCGAAACAUUUCCAUCAAACAUUCCAGUAACAUCCACAAUGUCAUCAAAAGAAACAAGGCUAUUCAGAAAAAAGACGAAAACUUCAUGAUUGUGCGUCCACUUCCAGAUGAUUACGAUGAAAUAUUAUGCCUUAUGCACAAAGCUUACUAUACCGAAGAACCCACCACGAGUAGCAUAGGCUUCAAACCAACGGUAUUAUUUGAUGAAAGAACCCUACACGGAUUAAAUCAAGGUUUUUCUCUUAUUGCAAGAUGUAAACACACUGGAGAAAUCAUAGGAGCUGCUGUGAACGAAGCUAGUCAUUGUUGGGAUCCUGACGAGAUGGACAAACUCGCCUGUCAAGUACAGGAUGUUAAAAGUAGACAACUUCUUCAUUUCUACGCCCAUAUGUCUCGAGAAGCGGAUCUGUGGAGGAAGUAUUGUGUGCACAAAAUUUUUGAGAUUACUUACCUGUUUGUACGAAAGGACGCACGUGGAAAAGGACUAGCAGCUCGUUUGGUGAAAGAAUCUAGGAUUAAUGCUGCAGAUUGUGGGUUUCACUUGACUAAAGUGGAUGCCACGAGUCACUAUACGGCUUUAAUCGCAGAAAAACAGAAACUGAAACUCGUCGCAGACAUCCCAUAUUGUUCAUACGUCGGCGCUGACCAGGAACCCAUUUUCAAACCCUCCGACCCUCACAAAUCAGCAAAAAUUUACGUGGACGAAGAACCUCAAAAAAACUCCUUGAAAAAAGUGUAAAAAUACAACGUUUCAAAUGCA